UCUUUCCGCCAAAGGGCGGACUCUACAACGUAAAGAACUAAAGAAGAAAACAAAUCACUCCCCAUUUAUUAAUUAAUCACACUAAAUUUCUCUUAAUAAGCCCUCGCUCUCUUCCAAAUUAUCACUCUCUUCCUUUCUCUCUCUCUACCUUGCCGAAAACACGAGUGAUGGCUUGCUCCAGUUUCGUGAAAUUGAACGCCGCCGCCUCAUCGGGGAUCGGCGGCCACCAGUCCGUCAACUCGCGCUCAGGAUCGGCGCCGAGGUUCUCCAACCGCCGCGUUUCGGUCGUCCGCGCCGGAUCGUACACCGAUGAGCUCGUCAAAACAGCUAAAUCAAUUGCAUCACCAGGACAUGGUAUCCUUGCAAUAGACGAAUCAAACGCUACAUGCGGUAAGAGGUUGGCGUCCAUUGGGCUUGACAACACCGAGACGAACAGGCAGGCCUACAGGCAACUCCUUCUGACGACCCCUGGUUUGGGUGAUUAUAUUUCUGGUGCUAUUCUCUUUGAAGAGACACUUUACCAGUCGACCACAGAUGGAAAGAAGUUUGUGGACUGUUUACGUGAUGAGAAUAUUGUUCCUGGUAUUAAAGUUGAUAAGGGUUUGGUUCCAUUGCCAGGAUCAAACAAUGAAUCUUGGUGCCAGGGAUUAGACGGACUGGCUUCCAGAUCUGCCGAAUACUAUAAGCAAGGAGCUCGCUUUGCUAAAUGGAGAACUGUUGUAAGCAUUCCUUGUGGUCCUUCUGCUUUAGCUGUUAAAGAAGCAGCUUGGGGUCUUGCUCGUUAUGCCGCCAUUUCACAGGAUAACGGGCUCGUGCCUAUUGUGGAGCCUGAAAUUCUCCUCGAUGGAGACCACCCAAUCGAGCAGACUCUUGAAGUGGCCGAGAAAGUGUGGGCCGAGGUUUUCUACUACCUAGCCGAGAACAAUGUUGUAUUCGAAGGGAUCCUGCUUAAACCAAGCAUGGUAACACCAGGAGCUGAACACAAGCAAAAGGCUUCUCCCGAAACCAUUGCCAACCACACUCUCACCAUGCUCAGAAGAAGAGUGCCCCCUGCAGUCCCAGGAAUAAUGUUCUUGUCAGGAGGGCAAUCCGAAGUUGAGGCGACACUGAACCUCAACGCGAUGAACCAGAGCCCCAACCCGUGGCACGUGUCCUUCUCGUACGCACGGGCACUGCAGAACUCCGUGCUGAAGGCGUGGCAAGGUCGUCCUGAGAAUGUAGAAGCUGCGCAGAAAGCACUCCUGGUGCGUGCAAAGGCCAACUCCUUGGCACAGCUCGGGAAGUACUCGGCCGAGGGAGAGAACGAGGAAGCUAAGAAGGGAAUGUUCGUGAAGGGCUACACUUACUAAGGCGGGCAAGAGGGCUCCUUUCUACAGUAGUUUGGGACUUGAGAUUGUUGUUAUCUUCCGGUGUUGCAUUUUGUUCGAGGUGUCGAGGACAUGAAAUUUUUUUUUUUUGCUUUUUUUUUAACUAAAAAAUUCUCCCUUUGUUGCUCUAAAUUAUAUAGCGCUUUGAAUAAUACCAGAAAUAAGUCGGGCGACAGAAUUCUAAUUUUAA